CAGUCAAUGCCGCUGCUAAUUUACGGGUUUGAUAGUUUACCACUUCGACUUAGUAUAAAAGUGUGGACUCGCGCCAAGAAAUUAUAUCAAUUCCUUAGCUUCCUUCAAAGCAACAACCCAAAAUAAACUCAAUCAACAUGUUCAAGACCGUCAUCCUUUUCGCUGUCAUCGCCUGCGCUUUUGCCAAACCAGGUGUUAUCGCUCCAUUGGCCUACAGUGCCCCAGUGGUUGCUGCUGCUCCUGGCAUCGUGACUGCCUCAAGCUCCCAGGUUGUUGCCCGCAACUACAAUGGAUUAGCUGCUCCAUUGGUCGCUGCUGCUGCUCCUGUUGCCUACACUGCUCCUGCGGUAGCAGCUUAUAGUGCUCCUCUUGCUUACACUGCCGCUGCUGCUCCUGUUGCCUAUGCUGCAGGUAUUGCCCCAGCUGUUGCUGCUCCUCUUAAAUACACAGCUGCUGCUCCAUUGUUGUUGUAAGAAGCCACUUAUUCAAGGAUUUGUAUCAAACGAAAUACAGUAUUAACAAGGAUAAA